UGCACGUGUACACUGCAAGGAGUACGAAAGAAUAUUAUGGAUGAUGGUUGUGUGGAGCGUUGCGAUCCACUGAGAAUUUGUCUAGUAUCGGACUUCUUCUGUCCGAAUACAGGUGGCGUGGAGACGCACAUAUAUUUUUUGGCUGAUUGCUUGCUGAAGUUGGGACAUAAGGUGAUCAUUAUCACUCAUGCUUAUGGGCAGCGGAAGGGUGUUAGGUACCUCUCGAACGGGUUGAAGGUGUACUAUUUGCCAUUCGUAGUCGCAUAUAACGGCUGCAGUUUGGCCUCGAUCACGGGCUCGUUAUAUUGGUUCAGAAAGAUAUUUAUACGUGAAAGAAUUCAGCUGGUGCAUGGACAUUCGACGUUCUCGUCAAUGGCACACGAGAGCAUGUUCCACGGCUGGAGUAUGGGUCUGUCAACAGUGUUCACAGACCACUCUCUGUUCGGUUUUGCAGACGCAUCGGCCAUAUUGACCAACAAUUUGGUGUUACAUUACUCGUUGGCCAAUGUCGGACGGGUCAUCUGUGUAUCGUAUACCAGGUUAUUGCUAUUUCAUACAUUCUCUUCAUUAGCCUUGUUUUUUGGCACUUUUCCAUUGCGAGGCCGUACGCGUCCCAAACCGCGCGCAGGCGGGUUAAGAUGUGCGCGUUUCUCGAGAGGUGGCGCAUUCCGCUGA